AAAAAAUUGUAUAUCUAUAUAUAAUAAACAAAUUAAGUGGCGGCUAAAUAACUAAGGUCUAGAAGGCUAAGGAUGAAGAAGUCAGUGGAGUUGGCAAUAAAAAGAUCCCUCGUGACUUUGGAGAGGGCGUUUUGGUGAAAGCAGGAGGUAGAUCGCCAGAUUGAGGAGAAUUCAGUAGAGAGCGAGAGGAAAGGAAGUUGGAGAUGGCUCUGCCAGGCAGUGUUCAAGGUGGAAUUUGAGCGCGGGUCUUCCUGAUGUAGCUUCUAUGGAUCUGGGCUUUUUGCUGCUCGAUGUUAAAGACCAAUCCACCUCAGCCUUUUGGAAGCUGUGUGACUUCCGCUUCUUUAUCUGUGAAAGGAGAGGUUUGGACUUGAUGUCUUCUAAUGUUACUUCCAGUUCUGAAUCUAUAACUCUUUGAGGUACCUGAAUUUUGACACUGAACCCAGAACCUUCAUCAAUUUAUACUUCAAGUCCUAGGUCGACUACAAUUCCCAGAAAGAAAACGAUCCGGGCGCUGUUUGCCUUCAUUUGACUACAACUCCCAGCAUGCCCAGCAUGCGACUUCUGCUGGGAAAGCAGGGAGCAGGCAGGACUCAGGACGCUCUGCGCAAGUGCGUCGCUCCAGCUCUAACCCCCCCCCCCCCAACCCCUCAACCCCCGCCCUCUCUUCCUUCUCUUCCCUUCGGGAGCCAGCCGAUCACUGGCCAUGGAGUCUGACUCCUUCUUUCCGGUUCUUGGUGGCGAGUUCGAGGAUUCAGUGUUUGAAGAGCGGGCGCGGCCGCGUGAGCCCGAACCCCCGCCAGCCUACAGCCCGAAGCGUUGCGAAUCCCAGUGGUUUUAUGAGGAAACAGAAGGCAAGGAUAUUGUUGAAAUACUUACCAUCAAGAAAUUUAGAGGGGACUUGGCAUACCGGCAACAAGAAUUUCAGAAAGCACUUCAGGAAUACUCCAGUUGCUUUGAACUCUUGUCGCCUACCAACUUUGCCAUGAGAAGAGACGUCCAAGAGGGGCAGGCUCGAUGUUUAACUCGCUUGGGCAGGCAUACGGAGGCACUGGAGAUCGCUGAAAAACUGGAAAAUGGAGCCACAAACAGCGACCAUUUAACUACAGUACUCUACCUACAGCUCACUAUUUAUUCAGGAUUGAAGAAUAUAGAGAAAAUAAUACUGUGUCUGCAAAAACUGAUUUCUUUGCAUCAUUUUAAUCCUUGGAAUUGGGCCAAGCUUGCAGAGGCUUACCUGAGUCUUGGACUAGCUCUCUCAGCCUCAUUGGCUUCAUCUCAGAAAGAGAACAGUUUUACCUCAAGUGACCAACAAUUCCAAGCCCCUUUCCCACCACCAAAAAGAGAUCCUUCUCUACAUUUUUCAAAACCCUUGAAUGGAAACUCCAGAUUUUAUAUGGGAACAAGUAGUAGCUGCAUCCAGCAAAGUGGAAAUUGUCUGAGUGAUGUAGGGCCUGCAGCCCUAGAGACCCCCUUCCAUCCAGCAUUUCAUUCCUGGGCACCCACAGUAUGGGCAGGGACUCAAAUGAAAGCUUGUGCUUCUUUUGUCAGAGCCAGGCUUCUGCUUCAGCUCACUCAGUCUCAGCAGACAUCUUUUGCUCUGGAGAAGAACUUCAAGGCUCAGGAGGAAAUUGAAGCUAGAAUAAAAGGAUUUGGCUUUGAAGAAGGAACUUUACAGCUGAUUUCCGAGGUUAUGAAAGAAGAUCUCAUUCCAGAAAAAAUAAAAGAUGAAGUUCAUGCAGAGGUGAAAUGUGUAGGCUCUGAAGCCUUGACUGCACUGGUAAUUGCAUCUUCCAAAGAAUUUGAAGACAAAUGGUUCAGAAAGAUCAAAGACCAUUUAUAUCCCUUUGAAAAUCUGUUUCACACAGAGAUAUGCAUCUCGCCUUAGCAGCUCCAUUAAAACAAAACACACACACACCACACACACACACACACACACACACACACACACCACAUACACACACACACACACCCCAACCUCAUUCUGGAUUAUCUUUUUAUGUUUGUUUCAUCAAGAGAUAUACCACAAAAUGAAAAAUACCAAGUUCCGUUUUUUAAAAAUGUUUUUGGAAAGUAACUCACCCUGCUUCCCACCCUCUAAGAUUAUUUCCACUUUAUUUCAUAUCUUUUUCGUUUUAGAACUUUCAACAUAUUUCUACUGCAUAUUGAAUUUUAAGCCCUUUCUUGAAAACUGUGAGAAAAUUCAUGUCAUUCAGCACCAGCGAGUUAAUAGUAAUGAUUAUUACCCAAGUCUGGAAGAUUCAUGACAAAGCAUUACUUUAUGUUCCUUUUUUUUCUCUUUUUUUCUUCCUUCCUCCCUUUCCUCCUUUUUGUCUUCCUCUCUCCCACCCUCCUUCCCUUCCUAUCUUAGUAGCAACUCUAUAACACAAGGGCAAACAGUGUUAAGUGACUUGCCUUAGGUCACACAGCUAGGAAAUAUCUGAGGCUAGAUUUGAACCUGUCAAUUCCAGGUUCGCACUCUAUCCACCAUAUCACCUGUUGAUUUUGUGUACAAUCUUCAUUACUAUUCUCAAAAAAAGACUUCUAGAUAGCAUGCUGUUUCAAAACCAUUACUGUGCCUUAGCCAGCGGUUUGGUGGUACACAUUGCUUAAGGUCCUACAAUUCAGCAAACCAGGAAAAAUCAAGUGGGGGAAAUGUGAAACAUGAUAUUGAAAACCUUUGUAAGGAGAUUAUUAUCUGCCAAAAUGGAACUAGAGCACUUUUUAUGGCAGAAUUGUGUUAGAAAAGCCUUAUAAAUAUCAUGAGAAGCAGACAAAAUGCCUGUUUUCAUUGCUUCUAUUUCUAAGCAGUUGGAGAUAAACAGGGCAGAUCUGAGGGAAAUCCAAGUUUGUUCUCAUCCCUUUUCCUUCUGGUUUGGACAUUUCUACUUUAUUUCAGGCACCUACUGCCCUAUUCCCCUAUCAAAGCAGGGAAUUUAUUCUUGUUCAUUAAUUGUGAAUGAGGUGUUUUUUUUUUCACGUUUUAAGCCUUAUUUCCUAAGAAUUAAUUUAUCUGUAUUAAAUUUCAGACUACUUAACAGAGAUUUGUAGGGCAGCUGGGUAGCACAGUGGAUACAGCACCAGACCUGGAGUUGGAAGUACCCAGGUUCAAAUUUGGCCUCAGAUACCUCCUAGCUGUGUGACCCUGGACAAGUCAUUUAAUCCUAAUUGCCCUAGCCCUUGCCACUCUUCUGUCUUAGAGGUGAUACUAAGACAGAAAGUCAGGUUUUAAAAAAGAUAUUUGUAGGGUAAGGGAAAGUUUUCUACAAUCCCUUUAGGCCUUUCCUUAAAGCUGGUCCUGAAAACAAACCUGAUUUAGUAUUUUUAGGGCAGAAAUUCCUAACCUGGGAUAUAAUAAUUUUAAACUUUUAACAUUUUGAUAACUAUUUCAAUAAAAUGUAUUUCCUUUACAA